AUGUUUGGCUAUAGCAAUCGCACUGAGUAUCAGAAAGUGAAGGACUUUGUCGUAGCCAAUGACGCCUUCGCUCGAAGCAACAUCAACCGAUCUGCUGCGAGCGACGAGUAUUGGGCGGAGGUCGCAGUGCUUUGGGCGCAGCUGGACGGCUUGGUGGCCGGUCAUGCGGCAUCUUGCGGGGAGCUCUGUAUCGGCCUCACCGAGUUCCUCUUCUUGCAAGCAGAGCAGGACUUGAGCAGCGUCCAGAACAUCCCCAGUGAGUGGACCUAUGCCAGCGCGGCAGCGUACACUCGGGAAACCACCCACUGCUCAGCCAUUGUGAAACUAGCGCCCAACAACAGCGACCUCUAUAUGGGGCACAAUACCUGGACCGGCUACUCCUCGAUGCUUCGGGUGCUGAAGGAGUACAACUUGCCCCUGGGCGGCGCAGAUCAGGUUGCCCACUCCGCCUACUUUGGCAACCUCUACAGUGGCGACGACUUCUACGUGCUGAGCUCCGGCUUGACCGUGCAGGAGACCACCAACUCGGUGUACAACAAGACCUCGUUGGAGAAGAUCAAGCCGGAGAGCCUCUUCACCUGGGCCCGCACAGUCAUCGCCAACCGCAAGGCCACCGACGGCGCCAGCUGGGUGAAGUGGUUCUCGCCCUUCAACUCGGGCACCAUCAAUAACCAGUGGAUGAUCGCCGAGAUGCAUCGCUUCAAGGCCAACGAGGACCUGCCGGAUCGCUUCUUCACGGUGGCGGAGCAGAUGCCUGGAAGCAUCGUGUGGUCGGAUCUCACCGAAGUGCUGCGGGCGCAGGGCUUUUGGGUCUCCUACAACUCGCCCUUCUUCCCGGAGAUUCGGGUGAUCUCGGGGGCAGAUGACAUGGAGAAGCGCUUCGGUGAUGCGUAUUCCUACACGCGCAACCCCCGUGCGAAGAUCUUCGCCCGCGACGUUCGCAAUGCCACCGACAUGGCCCGCGUGCAGCGCUUGUUGCGCUACAACGACUGGCAGCACGACCCCCUGUCCGCCCACGGCUACGGGGGCCCUACGGAGCCCAACGCGCCGGAGAACGCCAUCGCGGCGCGCUACGACCUGCACCCCUGGGCCUCCGAGCGCAAGGACUUCGGGAACACGGACGCCAAGGUCUGCGCGGCCGCGGACUGCCUGCGGCUCCGCUUCAGCGCCAUCAGCGGGCCCACGGCGGAGGACCAGCCGGCCUUCGCCUGGACAGGGGAGUGGGCCUCUGGGGCGCACUUGGGGCAUCCCACCCUCUUCAACUUCAGCUGGGUGGACUUUGAAGCGGACCACCAGGAGAUCAUCAUCUGA